CCGAUCUCCACAAGUGCGCUGGCAGCAUCCAGACCCUAAGCUCCGAAAGUCUUCCGGCUCGGUUUACCCAUUUCGCGACACCAAGGACAGCUCAAGGAUGACGAGCAUUGUCAGCGAGUUGGCCAGCACAGCGGCCACUGGCACGACGGCUGUUUUGGAGGACCUCCGCUUCAGUAUCACGGACUAUAUAGUCUUCUGCCUAAUGCUGAGUGCCUCGGCAGGAAUCGGAGUAUACUUUGGGUUCUUUUCAAAAGCCAAGAACACCACCGAGGAGUACCUGCAGGGCGGCAAGAAGAUGCCAACGCUUCCAGUGGCCAUUUCCCUAGUCUCGAGUCAACUGUCGGGAGUGGCCAUGAUGUCCGUUCCGGCGGAGACCUACUCCUUCGGAUUCAACAUGAUAUUCGUGGUCUGGGCAAUGGUCUUGUCGGUGCCCGUUCUUAUAUAUGUGAUCGUGCCCGUCUUCUACGAUAAUAAUGUCUCCAACUGCUACGAGUAUCUGGAGAUGCGUUUCAGCAAGAGGACCCGCCAGUUGGUUACCAUCACGUUCAUCCUAAACCAGUUCCUGAUGCUUCCCGUCUACAUGUUUGUGCCCUCGCUAGCCUUUUCCCAAGUCACCGGCUAUAACAUUCACCUUAUCAACACUGUGGUCUGCUCCAUUUGCGUCUUUUACACGAUGCUUGGCGGGAUUAAGGCUGUCGUCUGGACCGAUGUGGUCCAAGGUGGCGUUAUGUUGGUCUCGGUUCUUCUGGUUGCCAUUUUGGGCACCUCGAACACAGGUGGCUUGGCGAAUGUUCUGCAGAAUGCAUCAGAGGGAGGCCGUUUCAACUUCAAUUUCGGAAUAGAUCCACGCCUUCGGCUCACCUUCUUCAGCGGAAUGACCAGUGGGCUUCUGAUGUGGACCGGUAAACUUGGCCUGGACCAGAGCUGUGUACAGAGAAUAGUCUCCAUGCCCUCUUAUAGCCAUGCCAAGAGGUGCCUGCUUAUGGCUGGUUUUGGGUUUCUGCUGAUCAUGUCAUUCACCUGCUUUGCCGGAAUCAUCAUGUUCGCCUACUACUACGGAUGUGAUCCUAUUCAGGCUGGGUUGGUCAGCAAACCAGACAAACUGAUGCCGUUCUUCAUUCAGGACAUCAUGGGCAAUCUGAUGGGCAUGCCCGGUGUUUUUAUCUCCUGCGUUUUCAGCGCCUCCCUGAGUUCUCUGUCCGCCAGUCUGAAUUCCUUCGCCGGAGUGGUAUACUUUGACUACAUCAAGCCGCGAAUAAAUCACACGGAGGCCAAAGCCAAUGCGACUAUGAAGAUAGUCAUUGUCGUAAUGGGAGCCUACUGCAUCGUGGGCGGCUUUAUCGUGCAGAACUUCAACUCCAUGAUUCAGACUAUGUGGACGAUCACUGGCAUUAACAUGGGUGCUGUGGUGGGAGUUUUCUGCCUCGGUAUGUUCGUGCCCCGCUGCAACGCCAAGGUGGCGGUAAGUGGAAUUACCUUCAGUGUCCUGGUGAUGCUGUGGAUCAUCGUCAACGGCCAGAUGAACUUCAAGGAAGGGCUGAUCAAAUACGAUCCCAUUCCUAAUGGCCUGGACAAGUGUGAGGCUAAGCAGUUCAAAGUCAUCUUUGAUGCCAUAAACAACAACAUGACCAGCAUCGUCACCACUCCGAUUCCCUCUCUGGAAGAUCCCCCGCUGGUGACCACUGCUUUCGACAGCAAUCGCGACUUCUCCAUCUACGACCUAUCCUUCUACUGGUACAAGGUACUCGGUGCUCUCUUAGUCUUUGCUUGGGCCAUUCCCAUGAGCUAUGUGUGGCCCUUGGACAAGGACGAAAAACAGAAUCCCAAGCUCUAUUCGCCCUUCGUCCGGAACAUGUUGAACCAGCAAAGUCCAGUUUUGGAGCUAGAGGAGCUGCCACUGAAGACACCGUUGUCCGAGGAGCAGAUCAAGGAAAAGGAAAACGGGGUUUCGGCUGAGGCCUAAUACAGCAUAUCGCAUUACAUCUGUACAUUUGCAUUAGAAUCUUUAAGUACGCUAAGAAUUGUAUCCUAUAGUUACAAAAGUAUCGAUUACAGAACCAAGUUCUCAGUCACAAAAGGUACCCGAAAUAAAUAUAAAGAUAUUAAAUCAAAA